GUGGCCUGAGUCUCCGCCCACCUGCAGUCAGGUGACACCAGAACAGAACCCCGGGAGAACAUACCAGAAACCACCCUCAGGAGUCCAGACCAUCAAAUACAUCCACCAAAGUCAUGCAGCCGGCAACUGCUAAAUGGUACGACAGACGAGACUUUGUCUUCAUUGAGUUCUUGGUGGAGGACAGCAAGGAUGUGAAAAUAAAUUUUGACAAGUCAAAAUUUGGUUUCAGCUGUCUCAGUGUGAUGGAUAAUAUUAAGCACUCAAAUGAAAUCGAUCUUUUUGAUGCCAUCGAUCAAGAUGGAUCCAAACACAGGCGCACAGACCGGUCGGUCUUGUGCUGUUUACGAAAAGCAGAAUCAGGGAAAUCGUGGCCUAGGUUAACAAAAGAGAAAGCAAAGCUUAACUGGCUUAGUGUUGACUUCAACAACUGGAAAGACUGGGAAGAUGAUUCAGAUGAAGAAUCGUCCAACUAUGAUCGCUUUUCAGAGAUGAUGGGCAACAUGGGAGGAGAGGAUGAUUUACCGGACCUAGAUGGUGCAGAUGAUGAAUCGGUGGAUAGUGAUGAUGAGAAAAUGCCAGAUCUAGAAUAAAGCGACUGGCACGUUGAGGACAGACAUAAGAGGAGGGGGAUGAUAUACAAAUGAGAAGAGGAAGCUGUCACUUAAACUGUAUAUGAAAAGAUCUUAGCUGAAUUCAAUGAGAUCAGUGGAUUGAUAAGCAUCACCUCUGUCCACUCAGUGGCUGCACUCCAGAAGAUCGAAAUAACCUUCUGUUGAGUGUUAAUAUGCAUAUUGUUGUACAGAGCUUCUUUGUCCUUCUCUUAAUGAGCAGUCCUGGCUUUUUUGUUUUAAUCUGUUAUACUACAAACGUAAUGUAAAAAAAACUGCACUGUAUUCGUAUUUUUCAACCGAAAAGCAAUAUAUGUGAUGGAAAGUUUCUUUUUUUUUUAUUGUAAGGCAUUGUAAUUAAAAUAAAGUGAAACACAAAUUUUGUCUUUUAAACCUUGGAGAGGUGAAGGGAGUUAAAAUCUUGAACUCGGUGUAGUUUGUGAUCUUGCACCUGUAGUUACAUGUGGGGUUAUAAGACCAAUCUCCCUAACAUACUGCUCUUCAUUAACUGCUUAACAUAGCUGAAAGUAGAUCAAACCCAGAAGUCACUUGAAAUGGUAACAUUUAUUGGUUGGUUGUCAAUAUCUGAUGGUUGACUCCCUCAGUAAUCAGUGUUUCACAAAGUCUUGUCCUCUCAUAACAACUAUACUGGCACCUUAGUUGGCAUUAGAUCAUUGUCCUUCGUCUCAUGACUGCAGUAUGAUGGUACUGUGUGACAUCUUGAAAUGUUAAAGACUGGUAUAUUUGCAAUCCAGUCUAAAAACAAAAUGACCAAAUACGUUUGCACUAUCAAAAAUGAGUGGGGUGACAGUGUUAGAUGGGACUAGUUCUGUGUCACAAUGCCCGUUGCUGGUUAACUAUCAUGUUUUCCAAAAAAUGGCUUUCAAUUUUGUCUACAUAUUUCUAAUAAACUGCUCAACACUUAUUUUUUCCUGAACAGAUAAGCCAGAUGUUUAUUAGCAUUUGAUAAGUCAUGUAACUUCCAGGUUUUAUAAUUAAAAUAAUGUUAUGGACUUUUAAAUAAAGGCCUAUUGUCCUGUUAAGGAAGUUGCUUAGUUCAAGCAGAUUUACCUCCCUGAUUAGCUUCAUCACACCAUUAUCAUCUAUUAAAGAAUAUAAGAAAUGACCAGAACACAAAGUUAUUUGAUAUGUAGUAGAUUAUUUAUUUCCAUGGCAUGGGCAGGUCCUUUACUUCCUUGUUUAAGUGCACAAUGGUUUUAUAGCCCAGUAAGUCAAAUUGUAGUCACAAUUGUGUCUGUACCUGCAUACUCUGUAGGCCUACUUUCAGCUCAAAAGCACACUUAUUAGGCAUCCACAAUUAUCACUAUUAAACAAAAUGCAGUCUUGCUGUAAAAGAGGAGGUGACAAAGGGCCUACGCAUAAAUAUAUGAUAAUGAGAUCAUAAAGAACAAUGCGCUGCAGCUUUCGAUGAUUUACGGACACUUCUCACCUCGUACAUACAUCAUUAAGAUUUCUACUAUGUCAAUUAAACCGAAACAGGACUACUUAUUGAUAAGUUGCCUCUCAAUAUUCUGCGUUUAUAUACAUCAAUACAACAAAUGGGUGAAUUCCAUUCUCUAUCUAACCGUAACGUACCAUUACUUUCUUUAUAGCCGCACACUGGCUGUUCAUCUAUUCCUCUCCAAUGACUUCAGCUUGAACACCGCAUUCGGUCCUAAAGCCGGACGUUUUCCCUCGGCACAUUAAUGUGAUGGGCGGACUCUGAUCUAACAGGGGCGCUCAACGUACACAAAUUCCCUUUAGCCUUUCAUUUCAUUUCAGGGUUUUUUUUUCUUCACUGUUUAUGCAUUUUUAAAAUAGGCCUAACACCAGUAGUGUUGCCUAAAUGUAAGCAAAUUCCCACUUAUUUUUCUAAGGAUAUGCAUAUGCUCUCCUAAAUAAAUUAUGAUGAUACAUAGGGAGCCAGAGCAAUGAGUUGGCAUUUUAAUUUUCUUUUUACAUUUUUUUUAGUUAAAGUAGCGGUGUAAACCACCACGCAAUUGAGGGCAAAGUGCUGCAGGUUCCCCUGUUUGCGCAAUUCCAAACAUUUGAAGCCGCUUAAAGUCAUUAUUCAAAUCUAAAAACGUGACACAGCAACACAGAAAUGUAGGAAGGGACAGUGUUUUACCAUAUUUGUAAUGAGGAAGAUUGUAAACUGUCAAACAGAGUUUGAUACUUGAGUGCACUACAUUGUUCCUUCAAAAUAAAAGGUCCAGGUGAAGCUGAAGGUUGUUUUUUGGGGUUACAAGGGUCAACAUGAUUAUGAUAAAACAGAACAUGGCAAAAAUAUACAAUAUAUGCAAUUACUAGAAAACGAUCAGCUCUCCUUGUCUUUAUACAACAUAUGACAUUUAAAGUGUAAGUUUUAAUCAUUUCGCUUUCUGACAUAAGACUUUAUUGCAUUUGUUGUAAAAACCAGUGAAUUUUUAUGCAUACCUGCCAACACUCCAGAUUUUGCCGGGUUUCUCCCAUUUUUUCACCCCUCCUCCCGCUGUAGCCUACUCCCGAUUUACAAUUUCUCCCGAUAAACUCCCGAUAUUCCGCAUCCACACUUUGCUCAUUAGAAUGUAUUAGACCUGUAAAAAGGGUUGCCACCUGUCCCAUAUUUAAAUAUUAAAUUAUGCGUCCCGUAUCGAAUCAAUACAGGAUGCGAUUUGUACCGUAAUGGUCAGAUGGUUUCACGGCGAAAUCAUUCCAGAUUGUUCAUUUAACACUGAUAUAAGUUUGACAUUUUUCAUACUGUGUGUAAGGAGUCGUUUGAAAAGUCCACACAAUGUGCUGAAACAUACUAAUACUGUGAAGGAUGUGGUAAGGGACAAUGUGAAUACAUUUUUUGGUAUUAUAUAUCUUCAGUGUAUAACAUUACUGACCAGUACUGCUGCUCCCUAUACACAUAUUAGCAGUCUGUGAAGUGCACCUACUCCCUAAGGGGACACCAUCUUACCCUAGGGGGCUCAACAACAAAACAGUUUCCCUAUUUUUUACAAUCCGAUGUUGGCAGGUAUGUUUUUAUGUCAAGUGAAUUUUAAAGUCUACUUAGGGAAAAAAUAAUACUAUAGAAUUGUAACUGUACAUUAAUAUUUAAAGAUGUAAAGACUCAUAAUUAGAAUUUUCAGAUAUUUGUAUUUUAGACAUUAUAAUUAACACAGCAACAGAUUCAGUAAAAAAUAAAUGCAGCAAUAAAACUCAAUAAAGAAGCUCAAGAAACUUA